AUGUCCCAAGAUGUCCCAAGCCUGCAAGCAGGCCAGAGCAGGAAAGAAGAGGACGAGGAAAAGCACGGCGGAGCGCCGGGACUGGCUGGGUACGCGCCAAGAACGGCCCUCGCCCAGGCGCCGAGAGCUUGGCGGAGGGUUGCUGGGAAGUGGGCGAUCGCCAUUAUUCUCGGAUAUAUCGAUUAUGCCCAAGCCAUUAACUAUAUUAUUAGUGUGCUCGCACCGUUCUUCGUCCCCAUAAUCCGGACCCAGCCCACGGAUCGCGGCAUUCUGCUGGCCACCCGUCUGUGCUCUGCAUAUCAAUCUUUCAUAAUACCUGACAGCCUGACAAGCCAGACAGCCAGGCAGCUAGACAAUCAAACGGAAGCCAAGCCUAUCAAAUAUAUCUGCAUUUCCAGAUAGAUAGAUAUGGUACGUUAAUAU